AUGAGUUCCCCGCGUAGACCGGCCCGACGACAACCUCGAAAGCCGCCAACGCUUUCACAUGACCUGCAUCGCCCAGAAGCAGAUCCAGAAGAGGUGUUCGAAGUACAAUCCAUUUCAGACGAUAGUAGCGCUGCUUCUAUAGCUGAGCCUCCAAAGAUGACCUCAAGAACAAAAGCAGCUGCCCCAACCCGGCGCACGGGCCCGAGUGCUAAGGCUGCAAAGCAGCCACUUUCGCAGCAUGUCAUCGAGGUGUCCACAGACGGCUCUGUGGGGCAUCAGGAUGAUACACACCAAGAUAUGCACCUCGAAUUUGAGGAUGUGCAAGUCGCCGAUACCUACAAUGCUGCCGAUGCUUCCCAAGAUGACGACGAAGGUCUCGACAUGGAAGAUGUCGAUCUGGACCAAGAUCAGUCAGCUCAGGACCUGCAAGACAUGUACGCAGCCGCCUAUCGAGACAUCCAAGCCAAGUACGGUGAUGGAACAACUGAGGAUGAUGGCGAACGAGUUGAUGAUGAUGAUGAUGAUGAUGAUGACGGUGCUGGCAACGAUGCCUCAGGGUCCAAGGCUAUCCCGAUCUUCAAGGAUGGCAAGGGCCAGCAUCGCGGUGUCGAGAUCUCAAUGGGAAGCCGCAGUUUCAAGCAGGCCGACACGCCCAAACAGAAGUCCAACAACUUUCUCACGCCUCGCGAUCGACAGAACCGUAUCACGGCACACAAGCUUCUGGUUCUCUCCAUGCUCGCACAUGCACGAGUUCGCAACAAGUGGUGCAACGACGAAGACCUUCGCGACACUCUGGCAGAAUCGGUUCCAGACUAUCUUGUCACUAAGCUGCGGUCGAUUCAUCCUAAGAAGGUUACAGAGCAACGCGAGAGGAUACGCAUGUUCGAGAGCUUUCUCUCCGACCUGGUCCGGUGGUGGUCUCAAAGGUUUCGCCUAGACCCGACAAUGGUAGCCGACUCAGCUUUGCGACAGCCAGACCAAGAUAUUGCAACAGGUGUCAUCCCGGGUGCAGGGAGACGGGUCGAUGGUUGGAUCGUGGAGACCGCAGCUGAGCGAGAACAGAGGCAUCGCCGCGAGCGAAGGGAGCAACAACGCUACAAGGAAGCUAAAGAGCCUCAGAGUAAGAGCGCUGCCGAGGCUGAUGGACGGAGUAAGAGCAAAGGCAAGGCACGGGCAAUAGAUCAGAACAGCUCUUCUGCUCUCAAGCCGCCAAGUAAAGCAAUGGAGAUCACCAUCUUUGCCCCAGGAUCGGCCGUUCGUCCGAUCUAUCUACGACUUUUGCCAGCAUCCGAGCAGAUUGACUCCCCAGCAGGGCUGAAGCAGCGCGCUCAGGAACGAUCAGGCUCGAGAGAGACGAGCGCACAGCUCUUUUGUGCCCUGUGUCGAUCCAUGGGCAUACCCGCAAGACUCGUAGUGAGUCCCCAACCACUGUCAUGGAGUGUGGGUGCCAGCAAGCUCGCCAACACUGCCCAACCAGGCAGCCAAGCCGAGAAGAAGCCUAACCCGUUGCGAGCUAAGAAUAAGGGUUCAGGGUCGCGCCGAUUCACCUCUAAGCCGGUACAUGAGUUCACAUCGGACGAGGACGGUAACUAUAGCGCAUCAGGUGCGUCAUCGGCUGCACGUAGCAAACGCUCGCAACGUUCCAUCAGCGUCGACUCGCUGUCUUCCGCCGAGGAAGCGACGGCGAGUGAUGUAAGUCAUGGCAAACACAAUAGUUCUCCCAGGGGUCGUCCAGCAGCAAGAGACACGGAGGAUCUAGCCAAGAAGGCUGUGCUAGGUGCCAAGGCGAACUCGAACGCUGCGGGCAAGCCAAGUCCUCGGGGCAAGCGCAACCAACCGAUCACAGUAGAUGAUUCUGCCUCAGAUGCGUCUUCCAGUCGAUCUGCUCCCAAUGCUCAGACAAAGGCCGGCAAACAGACCAACGCCAGCCCUUCGACACGCGCCAAGGGGAAGGCAAGGCAGUCCGAAGCAAUCAAUGUCGAUGAUGUGGCAAGCAACGGUAAUGAAGACGAGGAUGAAGAUUAUCGUCCCGAAAAAUGGAAGAAUCUCCAGGCCCCGCUCAAGGUCGAACACAAGGUCAAGCUGCGGUCCUUCCGUCCCAAACAGCUCAAGGACUCUGAGAUUGCCGGCGAAGACACCACAGCCGAUCCAGUCGACCUGCAGGCGCCUCCAACGAUGUGGGUCGAAGUCUUCUCCAAGCCUUAUCAAAAAUGGAUCACCGUCGACCCUGUUCGAUCUCUUGUGCGUCCAUCUGGCAACCGACACAUGGAGCCACCUGCCUUCGAUCGUCAGAACAAGCUCAUCUACGUCGUCGCCUUUGAGGAGGACGGGUAUGCUCGAGACGUUACUGCACGAUACACAAAGACGCUCAAUUCCCGAGUUUCUCGCUUGCGGCCGCCAACACGUGCGAAGGGAGAGCAAGAUUGGUGGAGUAAGGUAGGGCGUGCCAUUCAUCGCCCACAGAAGCUGGAUCGUGAUGCGAUGGAGGACGCCGAACUGCAAGACAACAGCUCCCGUGAGCCCAUGCCCUCAUCCAUGAACGGCUUCAAAGACCACCCCAUUUACUUCCUCGAAAAGUUUCUCAAGAGAGACGAGGUUAUCUUCCCUCGACGUCAGAUUGCCACUUUCCAAGGCACACGCGUGUUCUCCAAGUCCGACGUCCUCACACUGCGGUCUUCACGUCAGUGGUACAACGAGGGCCGGGUCGUGAAAGACGGUGAAGUCGCGCUCAAGUUUGUCAAAGCACGCGGCUAUACCCUUGCAAACAAACGAGCUGAGGAACAGGCUAGACUCGAAGGUCGCGAGGUUGCCCAGGAAGGUCUUUACGCUGAGUUUCAGACCAAGCUGUACGAGCCGCCACCUGUCGGAUCGGAUGGCACCAUCCCCACCAACGGGUUCGGAAACAUCGACCUCUUCGUUCCAUCGAUGCUUCCCGCCGGAGCAGUCCACCUUCCGUUCUCUGGUGUAGCAAAAGUAGCAAAGAAGCUCGGCGUUCCGUACGCAGAAGCAAUCACGGGUUUCGAGUUCCGCAAACAGCGCGGUAUGCCCAAAAUCACCGGCGUCGUGGUUGCACAGCAGAAUGCAGAGCUCGUGCAAGAAGCUUUCUGGCAGCAGGAGCAGCAAGAUGCGUUGAAGCAGCAGACCAAGAAGAUGGAGAGUGCAAUGAAAAAUUGGAGGAAGCUGAUUAAUGCUGUUCGUAUUGCGAAACGUGUUAAGGAGCAAUAUGGAGACAAGAUUGGUUCAAGUUCGAAGAAGACAGAUGUAUCGCAGAAGAAAGCUGCAGAAGAGCAGAAGACUGAUGAACAGGCAGAGAGGAGCCGCUUCUUCGCGCCAAAAGAGAACACAGCGCCUCAAGAAGAUGCCUCAAAUGCAGCUUCCACAGAGGAUGCUGUUGGUGGCGAGGACUUGAACAUUGACAUGCAUCCCGAAAAGGAACCCAAGGUUGCUGUUGAAUCCGCUCCAUCAACCGCACCCUCGACUCGAGGCAAACGUAAAAUCGUCUCGCUCGCUCAGCUAGCCUCCAAUGCGGGCCGAGAUGCUAACGACGACGAGUCCGACUCUAGUGUUAGCCCAACUCGUGCCACUCGACCUCCGGCAGGCAAGCGUCAACGCAGGUUGCCACAGAAAGUGGAAGUGCAAGAACCGACCAGUGUCAAGCGACCCAGACGCUCGACUGCAUGGGCAAAACCCAGGAUGGAAGCGCAACAGACAGAGAUGCCUCAGCGAAGAAGCUCGCGUCGAUCAGGCAGACAGCAGUAUGUCAAGUCAGCCACUGACGAUGAGAUUGAACUAGAAGAGCAAGUCAAGCCCGAAGAAGUGCAGCCGGAAGUAGAGACCUCAUGGGCUGAUGAGAAAGGAAAGCAAAAUACUCCCCGUCGAAGCAGUCGUAGGAUCACAGUGAAGCUUUCUACGAGCAAGAAGUGA